AGGACCAAAUCCCAUAUAUCAAGGACCAUUUUGAUAAUUUCCUCCUCAAAAAAUCUCUCUUCAUCCUGGCCCACAUAUCCGGAUCCUCCGACCCGACCCGACCCGACAUCUGAACACCGCCUAUCUUCCUUUCUACAUCAAUGAAAUCCUCCAUUUAAUCCACCGCUUAGAGUCGCUGACGUCAUUUUACGAUCGCCGGCGUUCCUUUUACGGCCAAAAUAACAGCUACAGUAAUGUCCAUCUCCGAUGAUGAAGAUGAAUCAUUAGCUCAAUUCCUUGAAUUCGAAGUCCUCGCUUUCUCCGAUCAGGAUGAAGGGAAGCAACAGAAAGUUGAGGACGAUAAUGAUAUGUUUGCUGUUGAGGAGGAGCAAGUAACAGAGAAAAUAAGAGAUGUGGAGGAUGAGGCAAAAGAGAUGGUGCAAGAGGAGGAGGAAAAUAGAGGAGCAAAGCGGAUGAAAUUUGAGGAAAAAGAGGGGGAUAAAAAGGUAAAUGCAUUAUUAUCAUCUCAAUCUCUUGCAUUGCCAAUUGAAUUUAAUGCUGAAGGUGACUCUGCAUCUUCACCUGCAAAGAUGUGUGAGACUCUUAUGGGUAAGUGUAAUGGUGCUAGUACCAGCCACAUAAGACGGGCUCCAAGGAUGAUAGAAACUGGUAUUCUCAGCAAAAUCCCUCCUGAGUUGCUCCAUCACAUUCUCAAGUUCCUUUCCUCAGAGGAUCUUGUUGCAUGUUCAUUGGUCUGUAAGUUUCUAAAUGGUCUUGCUUCUGAUGAAUCGUUAUGGCGUCGGCUUUAUUGCUUGCGAUGGGGUUUGGUGCUCCCAACAAAAAAGCCACGGGAGUGUGCUUGGAAAAAGCUUUACAUCAAGCGUGAUGCAGAGGACAUGGUGGGGUUCGUCCGGAAUUGCCCUAUGGAAUAUAAGGAGUACUAUAUCCAAAUGCAGACUGCUAAAAGAAGCCAAUCUCCUCUUCCUUCUCAGAUGAACGAUGAUCGUAUAAUUCUCGAUAAGACCGUUGCUGAUCAAGUCUCUAUUUGGAAGAAAAACAAAGGUCUAGGUGAUAACGUGGUCGAUGAUCAUGCAUGUUCUGGAAAGACAUGUGCUUACCAUCAUAUUGGCGAUGUAUUUGUCUGUGAGAAAACUGGAAAUAUUCAUGUUUGUGAUGACACAUGCAAGGAAGUUGUAAUGGAUCCUACAAAUGGUCUGCUAGUGUGCACUAUUUCAGGCCGUUGCUUUGAUAGAAUGUUGCUGUCACCAGAUGAAACAGAAUCAGAUGUGGACCAACAACAAGCUGGCGCGACAGAUGAAGCAGAACCGUUCAUGGGCUCAGGUCUCUUUGCUCGAGCCUAUUUACUGGGAUAUAACUGCGAUGAUGAGAAGGAACUGGAAGCUGCUUUGCGCUUUUGCUGAUUCGACUGUGUAUCACCAUCGAAGGGUGUGGUUGGUUGGUAAGGAUCUUUGGCAUGUUCAGAGAUGGAAUAGUUACAGUUUUGUUUAUCAUGUAAUUGUAGAUUGUAUAAUUUUAUGUAGUAUAGAUUCCGUAAUUUAAGUUAAAAUUUAUAAAGCUUUAUAUAGUUUGCACUAAAUAUUUUUCAGUA